GGCAGCUGAUCAUUAAGGCUCCUGGAAAGAGGCUUCAAGGAAAGGAACUUGUUUCCCUUUGUGUAUAUCAAACAAAAGUCAACAAUGAACCGUUAUAUCAGAUUCUAAUAUUCUUUAAACUCUAUUUAUUUGAAGUAGACCAGGGACUCUCUUCUGACAUGACUACUGAAAUCUCUCAAAGUCUCAUGUCUUGAUCUGGAAAGAUUAGAGAAUGUUUUCCCAUGGUCUUGUUCCUGUACCUAGCAUUCAACAGGUGUAUCCUUGUUGCAUUGUUCUAUGCUGAGGGGCUAUGUAGGUUUUGUGGUUGGGUCUAUUGAGGUAUUAGUUCCUUUGAUGUAAGUAAAGGGAGCUGAAUAACCAGGAACUCCAAGAUGAUAUAUUGAUGAGUGGGACGUCUGCUCAGGACUGAAAAGAAGGUUUCAGGAGCAGCAAGCCUGUUCCCUACCAUAUGAAAGGCAGUUCACAUAAAGUUCUUAAGGUACACAGAGAGAAGGUCAAGAGUAGAUGUUAAUUUCACAUAAUGAAGGAAGAAUGUUUUCUCACACACGAAGUUAUUUUAUUUCCUUGUUUUCCUACCUCCUUGCCCUCUUUUUUGUAAAAUUUCUUUAUGUCACAAAGAACACAUGUUCACUAUAGAAGAGACGGAAUAUAUAGAUGAGAAAAAUGAAAAAAAUUAAAAUGAAUUAUAAUCCUAUCCUAUAAAAAGAUGUUGGCAUUAAUAUUUUAGUAUAUCUCUAUCUCAAUCUCUUUGUGUGUAUUUAGGCACAUAAGUUUUAAGGAGUGGUGUUAUUCUCUAAAUUUUUAAAUCUCUUUUAAUUUAAAGAUUGUUCAUGAACAUCUCAAUAUAACAAUGAAUGUACUCCUAUAACACAUUUUUGAUGGACAUAUAUUAGUUUUUCUUUAAUCCAUCUCCUGUGUUUGGACUUCUAAAGUUAUUUUUGUUUCCACAAAUAGUGAUAUGAUGAUGAACAUUCCUUUUUUUUUCUUUUUUGACGGAUUCUCACUCUCACCUAGGCUGGAGUGCAAUGGCGUGGUCUCGGCUCACUGCAACCUCCGCCUCCUGCCUCAGCUUCCCGACUAGCUUGGACUACAGGCACGUGCCACCACACCCAGCUAAUUUUUAUAUUUUUAGUAGAGACUAAGUUUCACUAUGUUGGCCAGGCUGGUCUCGAACUCCUGACCUUGUGAUCUGCCUGCCUCAGCCUCCCAAAGUGCUGGGAUUACAGGCGUGAGCCACCGCACCCAGCCAAUGAACAUUCUUUAAAUGAAAUCUUUUUCUAUACAUUUAUUAUUUUUCCAGGAAUAAAACCUUAAAAUUGGAUGAAAGUUAUGACAUUUUAAAGUCUUUUGCCUUAAAAUUUCUAGUCGCACUCCAGACUGGUAUCAUUUUCCACUUCCACAAACAGUGCUUCAUCCUGCUUUUUAAAAUUGUACAAUCUUUCAUGUAAUAAUUUCUACCUAAAGUUGGAAGGUAUAGGAACAUGCCCUGAAAAAUACUAGCUAGAAGCUAUUCGUUGUUAUUAGCCAAUAACUUCAAAUAAAGUAAGAGAUCUUAAGAAGUCUGGUUAAUUUUCCACCAGCACUUUUGCAUUUAUGGUCUAACGUUGCUGUGAAAACCUGAAAAAAGUUUCUUGUUUGCCUGAAUCAAAGCAUAGCCUAGUCCUAACGAGCAUAUGAUAGUCUCGUAAAUGUUUACAUACAAUUGCUUGAUUGUCAUUGUAUCAGAAGACCACAGCAGGUGGUCACGCUGCUGCUUCAGAAGCUAACCUGGUAACAUCUUAGAGAAUGCUUUCAAUGAGUAACUUACUACAGAAGGUAGUGGAGACUUUCCUUCAUGAAUAUGAGUUUUUAAACACCAAUAGUCUACAGCCUUGAUAUUAGCUUUCUCAAAUGAGUGCUUAGUAUAUCUCUAUCUCAAUCUUUUUGUGUGUAUUUAGGCACAUAAUUUUUAAGGAGUGGUGUUAUUCUGUAAAUUUUUAAAUCUUUUUUAAAGAUGUAUCGUGAACAUCUUUGCCAUCUCUAAAGACUUGACCAAUAUUUUGAUUAUUAAUUCUUGACAAAGCUUCCCGAUCCAGCCCUUAGCUGAGCCCCACCCCCAUGAGGACGAUAGGGCCUCCAAAAUCCAUGUGUAGGGUUUCUUGUUUCUGUCUUUUUUUUUUCUUUUUUACUUUAAGAAAGUAUUGAAGUAUAACACAUAGAGAAAUGUAUGCAGAUCGCAAAUGUACAGCUUGAUGACUUUUUGCAAACUGAACAUAUCUAUGUAACUGGCACCUAGAUCAAGAACCAGUACACCACCAGUGCCCUACUUCUGGUCACCACCCCACUCCACCCUCAGUGUGUUUGAAACACCUCACAUUUUAUGUCCAGGGUAAGUCCUUCAUUUACAGAAUUCUAUGUUUGCCUGAACCAUUACUUUAUAUGAGCUAGCUACUGUUAGCUUACAUCAAGGUGUCUCCCUUGUCACUGAAAAUGUGUAGACGUCUGCCUAAGUAAAGAUUACAACGUUAAAUUUGGGCACUGAGUGUACAUCAAUAUUUAUGUGUUUGUGAUUUCCAGGUACACAAAUACAUACAUGGCAUGCAUACCAACAAAUCUGGAACUACUUUCUUCUUAAUGAAUGUAAAACUGAAUUAUGCUAUAUUGAUCUAAGCUUAGAAUAUCUUUAACUACAAUUGAUUGCCACAGAAUAUUUCAUGUGCCCUGUUUCCAGUUUUUUAAAAUUGCUCAUUUCAGUUACCAUAAGUAUUCCUUUUGAAUGCUCAAGAUUUCAAAGCCAAGAAUUUUUCAUCUUCUGUUUGAGAUAGAAUUGUAUGUGUUUGUCCUGAAUAUCCACAGCUGUCUUUUUAUAUGGUUCAAUUUCUGUGUCUGAUACUCAGAAAAACAUCAUUUUGAUUCCUGUGGGGGUUUUUUUAUGUGAGAGCUUGAGUCAGAGAAAGAAACAGGUUUAGCAGGCUCUCUAUGCUUUAUAUAUACAUAUAGUUUUGAAAAAACAAUUUAUGUGUUAUCAAAAAUCAUGUAUUAUUAUUGGGUUGUGUAAGUGUACUCUUAGAAGUGACAAUCAAGGGUUAUACUUAAUAUACCCAUUCGUUUUUUUAAAAAGCUAAAAUGUCUUUCUCAUUAUAGAAGUAAUAUGUCUAAGAAUAUUUUUCAGCCAUAAAAAGUAAUGGAGUAGUGAAAGGUGCUACAAUAUGGAUGAAAAUUGAAAAUACUAUGCUAAGUGAAAGAAGACAGACACAAUAGGCCACAUAUUGCAUGAUUCCAUUUAUAUGAAGUGUCCAGAAUAGGAAAAUCUGUAGAGACAGAAAGUAGAUUCGUGGUUGCCAGAGCUGGGGAGAACAAGAAUAAAGAAUGACUGCUAGUGGGCACAAGGUUUCUUUGGGGGAUAAUGGAAAUAUUCUGGAAUUAGAUCGCAGGAAUGGUUGCACAACCCUGUUAAUAUCAUAAACACCACUGAAUUGUAUACUUUAAAAGAAUGAGAUGUGUAGCACGUGGAUUUUAUCUCACUUUUUUUUAAAAAGUAAGACAUGCAUUGUAGAAAAUUUGGAAUCAAAAGAAAAGUAGAAAAUGGCAGGAACAAGUUAUAGCCUCAUUGUCCAGCAACAAUUACUGUUGCUUUCUAGUGUAUUUCCUUUCAGUUUGUUUUGUUUUUCAUGUAUUGUUGUUGCAGAGGGAAGACGUCAAUAUUGCUUCCUGUUACAUGACAGAGAUACAGUUAUUAAAUGUUAAAUAGUCACAUAUUAAAAUCAACCCAACCCCCUUAAAAAAGGGCAGGUCCCAAGAAAGAUUCAUUUAUUUGUCGGAGGGAAUAAUGGAUGGGAAUGCCAAUAAGACAAGCAGAGAAUGAUGGCUAGCCCUGUAAGAAGGGAUGAAGAAGAACCUGAAGGGAAGAGAUCCCAGGUCCUGAGAGGCAGAAAGACAGAUUUGAGCAGUUGCCAUGAAAGAGUUUUAUAAAUGGACGCUGACAUGGACUACGAAAGACCCAACGUUGAAACUAUCAAGUGUGUGGUCGUGGGUGACAAUGCCGUGGGGAAGACGCGCUUGAUCUGUGCCAGGGCGUGCAACACCACACUCACGCAGUAUCAGCUGCUGGCCACCCACGUGCCAACAGUGUGGGCGAUUGACCAGUACCGCGUGUGCCAGGAGGUCUUGGAGCGUUCUCGGGAUGUUGUUGAUGAAGUGAGUGUUUCUCUCAGGCUUUGGGAUACUUUUGGUGAUCAUCACAAAGACAGACGCUUUGCAUAUGGCAGGUCUGAUGUUGUGGUCCUCUGUUUUUCGAUUGCUAAUCCCAAUUCCCUAAAUCAUGUGAAAAGCAUGUGGUAUCCAGAAAUCAAGCACUUUUGCCCUCGAACACCCGUUAUCCUUGUUGGGUGCCAGCUUGAUCUCCGCUAUGCCGACCUGGAAGCUGUUAAUCGAGCCAGGCGCCCGUUAGCAAGGCCCAUAAAGAGAGGGGAUAUUUUGCCCCCAGAAAAAGGCCGAGAGGUAGCAAAGGAACUUGGCUUACCAUACUAUGAAACAAGCGUGUUUGACCAGUUUGGUAUCAAGGAUGUGUUUGACAAUGCAAUCCGAGCAGCGCUGAUUUCCCGCAGGCACCUGCAAUUCUGGAAAUCCCACCUAAAGAAAGUCCAGAAACCUUUACUUCAGGCACCCUUCCUACCUCCAAAAGCCCCUCCACCGGUCAUCAAAAUUCCAGAGUGUCCUUCCAUGGGGACAAAUGAAGCUGCCUGUUUACUGGACAAUCCUCUAUGUGCUGAUGUUCUGUUCAUCCUUCAGGACCAGGAACACAUCUUUGCACAUCGAAUUUACCUCGCUACCUCUUCUUCCAAAUUUUAUGAUCUGUUUUUAAUGGAAUGUGAAGAAUCCCCAAAUUGGAGUGAAGGAGCCUGUGAGAAAGAGAAGCAGAGCAGAGAUUUCCAGGGGCGGAUAUUGAGUGUCGACCCAGAGGAAGAAAGGGAGGAGGGCCCGCCUAGGAUACCUCAGGCCGACCAGUGGAAGUCUUCAAACAAGAGCCUGGUGGAGGCUCUGGGGCUGGAAGCCGAGGGUGCAGUUCCUGAGACACAGACUUUGGCCGGCUGGAGUAAGGGGUUCAUUGGCAUGCACAGGGAAAUGCAAGUCAACCCCAUUUCAAAGCGGGUGGGGCCCAUGACUGUGGUCAGGAUGGACGCUUCAGUCCAGCCAGGCCCUUUUCGGACCCUGCUCCAGUUUCUUUAUACGGGACAACUGGAUGAAAAGGAAAAGGAUUUGGUGGGCCUGGCUCAGAUCGCGGAGGUCCUAGAGAUGUUCGAUUUGAGGAUGAUGGUGGAAAACAUCAUGAACAAGGAAGCCUUCAUGAACCAGGAGAUUACGAAAGCCUUUCACGUAAGGAAAGCCAAUCGGAUAAAAGAGUGUCUCAGCAAGGGAACGUUCUCGGACGUGACAUUUAAAUUGGACGAUGGAGCCAUCAGUGCCCACAAGCCGCUGCUGAUCUGUAGCUGUGAGUGGAUGGCAGCCAUGUUUGGGGGGUCAUUUGUGGAAAGUGCCAACAGUGAGGUGUAUCUCCCGAACAUAAACAAGAUAUCAAUGCAAGCAGUAUUGGAUUAUCUCUAUACCAAGCAGUUGUCUCCUAACUUGGAUCUGGACCCGCUGGAAUUAAUUGCCUUGGCAAACAGAUUUUGCCUGCCACACUUGGUUGCACUUGCAGAACAGCAUGCCGUUCAGGAGUUGACCAAAGCCGCCAUGAGUGGCGUGGGCAUUGACGGAGAAGUGCUCUCUUACUUGGAAUUGGCUCAGUUUCACAAUGCCCACCAGUUGGCCGCCUGGUGUUUGCACCACAUCUGCACCAACUACAACAGUGUAUGCUCCAAGUUCCGCAAGGAAAUCAAAUCAAAAUCUGCAGACAACCAGGAAUACUUCGAGCGGCACCGCUGGCCCCCUGUGUGGUACCUGAAGGAAGAAGAUCACUACCAGCGUGUGAAAAGGGAACGAGAGAAGGAAGAUAUUGCACUAAAUAAGCAUCGCUCAAGACGAAAGUGGUGCUUCUGGAAUUCAUCUCCAGCAGUGGCCUGAAGAGGAAGAGAAAAAAAACAAAAAACAGAAACCAAUCGGUAAUCUGAUCCACCACUUUUCAAAGCACUACUGUAAAAUUCGUCUUGUUAGAGAUACGACAUAGUUCAGGUUUCGGGCACUGACCUUCCUCCACUUUUGUGCAUUUAUCUUUGUUAGGAUCAAAGCACAAGCUCACCAUCAAUGAGCCUGGACAAAAAGGGAAGCUGACUCUCACUGCAUUCCUUAAACUGAUAUGUAUAUUUUUUUUGUUAGGAGGCUUAAUAAACUUUAGUCUGUUAUUUUGUUUCUUUUUAUACAAAGAAAAAAAAUCCAGCUUUCAUGUUUCUGAUUCCAAAUUGGAAAAUAUUUUUAUAUGGUCUGUUGUAUUUUGUUGAAAUGAAAAUACUGUGUAUUACUUUAUUUUACAGGCCACAAUUGACUAUGAAGUCACCCUGUGAUUCUCUUUGCCCACAUGACCACCGAGCAUUAUUACGUAAUUAGAGGGUUAUCCUUUUGUUGUGAAAGGAAGGAGGGGACUGAAAUCUCCCAAAGUGCAAAUUGGAGAGUGUUUAAUCUUUGUUCUGUUGAAUAACAUCGGUGUAAUUACAAAGUCAACUCCAAGAAUGUGUAUUUACAAUAUUUGCCGUGUUAAGUGCUGGUAAUUAUAUGGUUAUAUGUGCCAUGUAAAAUAUAGUGAUAUCAAAUAUUCUGUUGUUUCCAAUGUCUAGUUUUAAGAGGACAAUCUUUAUAAUCAUUAGAAGGGCUUAUUAAAUCCCAGCAUUAUCCAGGGCAAACUCACUGGUGGACCUGAAUACAUAAGAUACCAUUAGUGCGCUGGUGUUCAGAUUGCUGUAUUAGGGUUUACAUCUCUCAGUAUUCCUUGAACUUGCCAUGCUUCUGCAUGCAGAUUCUUCACUGACUUGAAUUGAGAUGGGCAAGGGAAAAGGUCCCUGGACUCCCUCCUGCCAUCUACAGGCUUGUCACAUCUCACCACCAGAAACAGGCUUCCUCAGGCUUCUCACCUGUGGCCAACUUCACUUUGUAAGACCCAUAUUUUUAACUCUUCCCAGGGAAAAUUCAUGUUGCUGCAGAAGUAGGCUAAGGCAGACCACCCACUUCUGCUGAAAUGCACUGGGAGCCUGUGAAAGCACAAAGCUGGAGGCUGGGCGCCUGCGUUCUCCUACACGGAAAGGAAUCUAAUUCCAAGAGUCUAGGAAAUGGUGCUAUUGUGAGUUAGUUCUGACUCUUUCUCAUUCUGAGUUUUCAGUGUUAAACUAGGAAGUGUGACAGCAGGGGAGCUUUCGUGAGGCAGUCAGUCAUUGCUUCUCUGUAAAUUAAAAUGUUACAGCACACACAUACACACACACAGAGAGCAUUUCAAGGCCACAGCUCCACACCUGCCAUGGGAUGUUAAUGUGGCAGGGGGUGGGGCUCAUUCUGUUGGGAGGUCAAGUUACCAAUGCCAAGGACUGUUGAUUUUGUUUUUAUUUUUAUUUUUCUUCUAGCUUUUCAGAAGAUGGAAAUGAGACAGUUGAGUCCAAACCCCAAUGCUGACAGCCAUAUGCAUUUGAAAAUCUAUCUAGAUUACAGAUGGGUAUUUAUUACUGGCAGUGGAAACACCAGAUAGAAGAUCUUAGGAGAGGCCCAGAAAUGCAUCACCUUGUCAUGACAAAAGAGGAGGCAGUAGAGUAGGGAUAGUUACAAAUGCAUCCAUCUUAAUUUUUUUCAAUAGGCUUGUAAAUCUUAUUAAUGGAAGGAGAAAGGAGACAGGAGAGGAUAAACGUCAAGAUGCAGAAGAAUUGACAUGUAUCCCAUCAUAAAAUGGUAGAAGUUGAGUUUUCAAUGAGUAGUCAUAGUUGAAAUUUUACAACCAAAGCUCCCAUUUGAUUGUAAUCUUGCCAAAAUAUAAUGGACGUAUAAAUGAACUUGGGGUAUAAGCAAUAAUAUCCACUAGUGUUGUUAUCAGCUACUGUAACCAAGUGGCUGGUUCAUUUGGUUGAUGCUGAUUAUGGCCUUUAACCAUGGUGGUUUGUUGUGUGUUUUUUAUUUCACAAAAAGCCAAUAAAAUUGUUUAGCUAUAAAA